CAAAAGUUGGAGUUGAAUGAGAGAGAGAGAGAGAGAGAGAGAGACAGAGAGAGAGAGAGAGAGAGAGAGAGAAGCAGUGAGUACUCAGAAGCAGAGACUGAAUGUGAAAGGUUUAAACUCUUAUAGUGGAAAUAAUCAGGGAAAUAAUCAGUAAUCCGGGUGUGCAUGUGUGGGGAGAGAUGAGGCUCGUCCUGGCGCUCGUGCUCCUGUGUGCAUCCUCAGUCAACUGCCAGCAAAGAGGUCUCUUUCCUGCGAUUCUGAACUUGGCCAGCAAUGCUGAAAUCACCACCAAUGCCACAUGUGGGGACCCUGUUCCUGAGAUGUACUGUAAGCUAGUGGAGCAUGUUCCUGGCAGACGCAUCCGAAACCCCCAGUGCAGGACAUGUGAUGCUAACAGCACGAACCCCAAAGAACGACAUCCCAUCACCUACGCUAUUGAUGGCACCAAUCUGUGGUGGCAGAGUCCCAGCAUCAAGAAUGGCCGUCAGUUCCACUGGGUCACCAUCACGCUGGAUCUACGACAGGUCUUCCAGGUCGCUUAUGUCAUCAUCAAGGCAGCGAACUCUCCUCGGCCUGGGAACUGGAUUCUGGAGAGGUCUUUGGAUGGUGUCAAGUACCACCCGUGGCAGUACUAUGCCAUCAGUGAUACAGAAUGUCUGACCCGUUACAAUGUCACCCCACGUCUUGGGCCUCCCACCUACAAGAGAGACAAUGAGGUUAUCUGCACCUCCUACUACUCCCGACUGGUGCCUCUGGAACAUGGAGAGAUCCACACGUCUCUGAUAAAUGGGCGUCCGGGUGCUGAUGACUUGUCUCCCGAGCUGCUGGAGUUCACCUCUGCCCGAUUUAUCCGCCUGCGUCUGCAACGCAUCCGCACACUCAACGCCGACCUCAUGACCCUGAGCUAUCGUGACCCCAAAGACGUAGACCCCAUCGUCACACGCCGGUAUUACUACUCAAUUAAGGAUAUUUCAGUGGGCGGGAUGUGUAUCUGCUAUGGCCACGCCCAGAGCUGUCCCUGGGACCCUGUUACCAAGAAACUGCAGUGUAUGUGUGAGCACAACACUUGUGGGGAGAGCUGUAAUGAGUGUUGUCCCGGCUACCACCAGGAACUGUGGCAACCAGGGACCAUCUCUGAAGGCAACACAUGCGAGAAAUGCAACUGUCACGACAAAGCAGAGGACUGUUCUUACAACCAGACAGUGGCUGAUCUGAAGAUGAGCUUGAACACGCAUGGCCAGUUUGUGGGAGGUGGUGUGUGUAUCAGCUGCACGCAGAAUACUGCAGGAGUUAACUGUGAAACUUGUGCUGAUGGUUACUACAGACCACACAAGGUAUCUCCAUAUGCUGAUGAGCCCUGUGUGGAGUGUAACUGUGAUAUGAGAGGCUCAGUCAGCCAUGUCUGCGUUAAAGAUGACAACCAAGCAAAUCCUGGAAAAGGUGUUUUUCCAGGUCAGUGUAUGUGUAAAGAGGGGUUCGCGGGAGAGAAGUGUGAUCGCUGUGCAUUCGGUUACAGGGACUUUCCUUUGUGCACACGCUGUGAGUGCAGCCUUGAAGGAAGCCAUAACAUCGACCCUUGUAGAGAGUGUAUCUGCAAGGCCAAUGUGAUGGGGGCGAACUGUGACCUGUGUAAGCAGGGCUUCUACAACCUGCAGGCUAGUAACCCAGAGGGCUGCACUGAAUGUUUCUGUUUCGGUGUCUCUGACGUGUGUGAAAGCUCCACCUGGACCACCUCCUCGAUAGUACACAGAGAUGGUUGGCUCCGUCCCUCGGCUCACAGCACCUCAAUCUAUACAGCCCCUAUCAUAGAGGACAACCUCAUCAUCGCUAAUAAUGCUACCGCUGCUAGGAGCUACCUCUCUGUGUCUGCCUGGACUGCUCCAGAGCCCUUCCUCGGCAACAAGCUGACUGCAUAUGGAAACUUUCUUAACUUCAGCGUGGCAUAUGAUGUAUCAGUUGACAAUAAUGUGGACAAAACUCUCCCGUCGCAUUUUGAUGUGAUUAUUGAGGGAAACGGGAAGGCGCUGCGCCAUCUUCUACCCAGGCGUGUAUUCCUGAAUCCUCACAGAGAGCAGCAGGUGGCACUGGAGCUCCUGCCGCAUGUUUUCACAGAUGUACAGACAGAGCGAAGGGUGCAGAGAGACGAGCUGAUGAGUGUACUGGCUGAUGUGGCCAGCCUCAGGAUCAGAGCUCAUCUCAACACCAGUGUAGAUGGAGUGCUAAGGUUGAGCACUGUGCACAUGGCCAUAGCUGAUCCCAGCUCCACAAGCUCUGACAUAUCUCCAGAUGUGGAGCAGUGUGAGUGCCCUUGGGGAUACUCCGGGACAUCCUGUGAGACCUGUAUUUCUGGGUUUUAUCGAGUUGGAGGCAUCCUGUUUGGAGGGAAUUGUCUGCAGUGUGAAUGUAACGAUCAUGCCACCGAAUGUGACAUCAAUGGAGUGUGUCUGGACUGCUCUCACAACACUGCAGGACCACACUGUGACCAGUGCCUGCCAGGUUACUAUGGUGACCCCACGGAAGGCACGGAGGAAGACUGUCAGCGAUGUGCCUGCCCAAUGACACUGGCGUCCAACAACUUUAGUCCUACUUGUACUCUGCGAGGUCCUGGAGACUUCACAUGUGACCAGUGUGAGCAAGGAUACACUGGAAGCAAGUGUGAGAGGUGUGCCAAUGGUUAUUAUGGCAACCCCACCAUCCCUGGUCAGAAAUGCUCAGUGUGUGAGUGUAACGGGAACGUGGACCCGUCUGAACCAGGCUACUGUGACUCUGUCACUGGCGAAUGCUUGAAGUGUGUGAGACACACAGCAGGCCGACACUGCGAACGCUGCGAGGAUGGUUACUACGGCGAUGCUAUUAUAGCUAAGAAUUGCCAGGCCUGUGGCUGCCGUGCUAACAGCUCAGUUUCCACUGUGUGUAACAUUAUAACCGGCCAGUGUGAGUGUAAAGCCAAUGUGAUGGGAGACAAGUGUGACCGCUGUCAGGUCGGUUUCUUCGGCAUUAACAGUGGCGAUGGCUGCAGGGAGUGCAAAUGCAACCAGUCAGGAUCAGUAUCAGAUGCAUGUGAUGAAGCUGGCCAGUGCCAGUGUACUGUUGGUGUAGCGGGUGAUAAAUGUGACCGCUGCCAGCACGGCUACUACAAUUUCACAGACAGCGGCUGCACACCUUGUGACUGUGCUCACACACACGGUAACUGCAAUGCUGAGACAGGCAAGUGUAUCUGCCCACCAAACACCAGAGGAGAGAAAUGUGAAAUAUGUGACGAUGAUCACUGGGGUCAUGAUGGAGUGACUGGAUGCAAGUCAUGUGACUGCAAUCCAGCCGGCUCCAACUCAUCUCAGUGUGACCUGCUCAGUGGUCAGUGUGUGUGUAGGCCGCACUUCACCUCUCAGAAAUGUGACCGUUGCACUCUAGGCUUUAGGAAUUUCCCAGAGUGCACAGCGUGCAACUGCAAUUCUAACGGCACCCAUGAGGAGUUUUGUGAUGCGGAACUGGGAGUGUGUGGAUGUGAGGACGACGGACAGUGUGUGUGCAAGGAGAAUGUAGGUGGUGGUGGUUGUGAUGAGUGUAAGAGCGGGACAUUUGGUCUGUGGAGGCAGAAUCCAGCUGGCUGCAGCCCCUGCUUCUGUUUUGGAGUCUCCUCCAUCUGUGAGGAGCUUGGUGGGCUGAUCAGAGUGCCAAUCACCGUGGGUCCUACGACUGAGCAUCUACGUGUAGUAAGCCAGAGUGACCUGCAGGGGACACUAAAGGGUGUUUAUCACACAGAUGGAGAAAUUCUGCUGGAUAUGGCUCAGCUCCAGACUGGUUCAACUCUCACUGGACCUUAUUACUGGCGACUGCCCCAACCCUUUCAGGGCAGCAAGCUGCUGUCCUAUGGAGGGGAACUCUCAUAUGCUGUAAGCUUUGCUGCUAUGCAUGGAUCAGGUCUGUCCAAUCAUGAGCCUCAAGUGCUGAUGAGGGGAGGGCACCUGAGGAAGCUGGUGAUUUACACUGACGUGCCUGCUCCAGAGAACGGCAUUCGCACCACACAGCGUGUCCCUCUCACAGAGCACAAGUGGAAAUACUUCAAUGCAGUGUCUGAGAAAGCUGUGAGUCACGAAGACUUCAUGUCCAUCCUGAGUAAUGUGGAGUACAUCAUCAUCAAAGCCUCAUAUGGGACAGGACUCCAGCAAAGCAGGAUCUCAAAUAUCUCCAUGGAGACAGCAGUAGAUGUGGAUGAAGCUCCUGAGGGCAUGGAGGUGGCCAGGCUGGUGGAGGUGUGUGAAUGCCCUCCAGGUUAUGCAGGCCUGUCCUGUCAGGAAUGUGCUCCAGGUUACUACAGGCAGCGAGUAUCUGAGCUCAAUAUGAAGGGCAAGAACAGGCCUCUGAUUCAGCCCUGUGUGCCCUGCCAGUGUAAUAACCAUAGCUUGGCAUGUGACCUGGACACGGGCGAGUGCCUGGGCUGUCAGCACCACACAGCAGGAGAGCACUGCAAUGUAUGUGCCCCAGGGUAUUAUGGACAGGUGAAGGGAACCAUCAGUGACUGCUCACUUUGUGCUUGUCCACUACAAAGUAACAGUUUCAGCCCCACAUGUGUAUUGGAUGGUGUCGGUGAUUUCCGCUGUAAUGCCUGUAAACCUGGCUACGAGGGACGCUAUUGUGAGAGGUGUUCACUGGGUUACUAUGGUAACCCCUCACAGACAGGUGGGAAGUGUGAGGAGUGUGUGUGCAACGAGAGCGGCUCACUGCACAACAUGUGUGACGCAAAAACAGGGAAGUGCGAGUGCAAGACUGGGUUCAGGGGUCAUCUUUGUGACCAGUGUGAAGACAGACACGUCCUCAUUGACGACCAGUGUGUGUCAUGCAAUGAUGAAUGCACUGGGGUGCUGCUGGAUGAUGUAGAUGCUAUAGAGACCUCGAUACAGUCCCUGAACCUCAGUGGUGUCAUCCUGGCUCCAUACAGCCUGCUGAUCAGCCUGGAGAACCAGACCCAAGAGCUUCAGAUCAAGUUGUCACUGGAGCAGAACUCAAGCUAUCAGUUGAACAGGGGAGAUGAAGAUGUAACACAUCUCACUAAACAAGUGGAUCAACUGCAACAAAAGGCUAUGAAUGUAUCCGCUUUUGGUGAAGAUGUUUUGUGGGCUUCUGAAGAGAGCAUUAAUCAAGGAAAACGCUUUCUUGACCUGAUUUCUAACAUUCACACUACCAUCCAAGUUUUGGAGGAAGAAGUGAGCAAUCUCAAUGAGACAGCGAGAGAGAAGGUGGAGGAAGGACACAGUGCUGUUCUGCUGGAGCAGAUGGAGGCCAUGUUGGAGAAGAUUAGGGCCAUUGACUUGGUCAACAGCAAUAGCACUGCUGUAGAAGAACUUAGUGCUGCAGUCAUGGUGCUUGACAGUGUGCAAAAGGAAAUAGUGGAACUCUCCGAUCAAACUGAGAAUCUGAAGCACAACAUCUCCACUGACCUAGCAAGGCAUCACCAGCAUCUCCAGGAUGUCCAGGAGCUUCUGAACACAGCCAAGACUCGCAAUAAUCACACAGAACAUCUUCUGAUGAAUAUCCACACCAAUUUGGAGGAGUGCAAGACAUUGAGGCAUAAUGUGAGCAGUCUGAAUCAGUCAGUGGAGGCACAUCUGGAGGAAGCUCAGGAUUUUUUGACUGAUGCACUCCACAUCGCUGAAGACAUGCGCAAUCUCACAGCGAGGGUGGAGGAGGCUAAGGAGGAGCUGCUGCAGUGGAGCCCCACUGUGAGGAAACAUGUGGACACUCUAGUGAUGGAGCUGACCAAAAGAGAUGCACUACAGUUAGUGUACAGAGCAGAGGACCACGCCCAAGCACUCAAGACAGAGGCACAGGCAAUGUACAGUACUUUGUCUGGAGUUAGAGAAGCAUCGCUGAAUGCCACCACCAUUUCUCAGGGAAUCUCCGACAUCAGUGCCUACAUCCAUCAGGCUGAAGAUGUGGCACUCACAGUCAAUCAGAAUGCUAGUUAUACCCUUAACCUGACUCUACAUUCAAACGAGUCCUUAACUGAACUGGGCAAACAGGCCGUGCAGAGAAGCUUAAAGAUUCUAAAUGAAAGUGCAGAUUUGGUUAACUGCACUGAAGGGCUUGUGCUGAACGUCAGUGCUGUGAAUAGCAAGCUCAGUGUAGUCAGAGCGAGUAUGCACAACUUCUCCCAGCUUCUUCCUGAGGCUCUGAUCAACCUGGCGAGCCUGCCCAGUGGAAAUAGAGAGCAGUUUCUGGAGGCAAAGCAGCAAGCAGCCAAAGCCAAUGCCUCAUUACAGAAAGCUCUAGAGCAUUUGGACAACUACCGCAUAAAGCUAGAGGCAUCGUCUUCAGCUGUGAGCUCAGCCAACAGCAGCGCCAGCACUGUUAACGCAAUGGUUAAAGACUCUGAGGAUACUGCCAGUGCAGCUGAAUCUAAGCUAAAAGAGGCUCAGUUGCGGACAGAGAGACUCUUUGACAGGUUGCAACCUCUGAAGUUGCUGGGGGAGAACUUGAGCAGGAACCUGUCCGAGAUAAAGGAGAUGAUCAACCAGGCCCGAAAGCAAGCAGCCUCGAUCAAAGUUGCAGUGUCAGCAGACCGGGAUUGUGUGCGUGCAUACAAACCAGAAAUCACCUCCAGCAAUUUCAACACACUCACCCUUACAGUGAAAACUGCUGAACCAGACAACCUGCUCUUCUACAUGGGCAGCAGCUCCAGUGUGGAUUUCAUGGCUCUUGAGAUGAGGCAUGGAAAAGUGGCCUUUCUGUGGGAUUCAGGCUCAGGUCUUACUAAACUGGAGUACCCCAACUUGCAGAUAAACAACAACAAAUGGCACAGAAUUAAUGCCACUCGAUUUGGAAGGCAAGGCUCCCUCACUGUUCAGCAGUUGGACUCAGAGCCGAUGCCUUCAGUAAAGACCACAGCACCAGGUCCAUCCACAAUCAUGGAAGUCAACAAGUCCACAUGGGUGUUUGUAGGAGGCCUGGGUGGACAGAUUAAGAAAUCUCCAGCAGUGAAGAUGACUCACUUUACAGGAUGUAUUGGUGAAGCAUCUCUGAAUGAGAAAAACAUUGGGCUCUGGAACUAUGCUGAAAGGGAAGGAGGCUGUGGUGGUUGCUUCAUGAGGCCGCAGACAGAGGAGACCUCUUUCUACUUUGACGGCAGUGGAUAUUCAGUGGUAGAGAAGUCUCUGCGCCCCAUAUCCACAAGCAUCGUCAUGUUCUUCAAAACUCUCUCACCUAACGGCCUGCUGCUCUAUCUGGCUUCCAAUGGCACUAGAGACUUCUUGUCCAUUGAAUUGGUGGAAGGCAAAGUGCACCUGACCUUUGAACUGGGCUCUGGACCACUCACAUUAACCUCCACAAAAGCAUACAAUACGGGAAUGUGGUACAAGAUUGCCCUGCAACGCAACAAACGCAAAGGCUAUUUAUCCAUAAUGACUGCUGACACCCCGUCAGAGAGAGAGGUCAUGGAGGCAGAGUCUCCCGGAACUGCCUCUGAUCUCAACCGCUCAGAUCUGGACCCUAUCUACAUUGGUGGGCUGCCUGCGUCGAGGCCAAUCAGGAGGCAGGUUAUUGCACGCUCAUAUGUGGGAUGCAUUAAGAAUGUCGAAAUUGCACGUACAAACUUUGACCUACUGAGAGAUGCCUAUGGUGUAAAGAAAGGCUGUAUCCUAAAGCCUAUCCGCAGUGUGUCUGUGCUGGGUGGGGGAUAUGUGCAGAUGCCUGAAGUCACUGUUGGUCCUCAGAGCGAGCUCAUGAGUAGCUUCUCCAGCAGAAACAGCAGUGGCCUCAUCCUGGCAGGAUUCAGCUCAACCGGCGGCCACAAACGCAGACACACACAGCAGCCUUUCCUGGCUGUGAUGCUGGUGUCAGGCAGAGUAGAAGUCCACGUGAGCAUGGCAGAGGGAGGAGGCAUGCACAAAGCUGUUGUCAAAUCCCAAAAUGGCACAUUCAGUGAUGGACAGGAGCACUCACUCAUCCUGCAGAGAAACAAAAGGACAUUGACAGUGUAUGUGGAUGAGGACCAGCAGGAAACAGUAAGGCUGGGUUUAACUGCAGAGAAAGUUCUUACUCUGAGUAAUUUCUACAUUGGAGGCAUUCCACCAGGAGAGGCCACUGGAGCGCUCGUUUCCACCACAUCGUUCUACGGCUGCAUCAGGAACAUGGCUGUGGACACCAUGCUGUUGGACCUGUCAGGGGCUGUGAAGUAUGAGGGAGUGGAUAUGGACAGCUGCCUGCUGGAGGAGCGUCCUAAACGCCUGCUUCUGCCAGAUGAGGGCGACGUGGAGCCAGAGCCCACUGCUGGCCCGGACCAGGGGCCCCUGUCACCUCCCAGUGAACUCAGUGCUGUUACACCAGGAGCCACCACUUGCACUGCCAUGGACAACACAGGAAGUAUCCCGGAUGCAUACCAGCUUGGACUCUCCAAAAACAGUCACAUUAUGUUCGGCUUCAAGAAUAAAACAGUCAGGUCGAGUUUUACAAUUGAGCUGUCGAUCCGUACGCUGGCUCACAGUGGGAUCCUGUACUACAUGGCUAAUGCUAAUCAGCAGGAUUAUGCAGUGCUGCAGCUGCUGGGAGGUCGGCUGCUGUUCUCUUGUGACCUGGGCAAAGGACCUGCCAUCACCACAUCGCACACACACAUCAGUGAUGGACAGUGGCACACUGUGAGGACCGACUUCAGUAAGAAGAGCAUACUGAUCAGUGUUGAUGGAGCCGAGUCGGAGCGAACAGCCAUUAAAGGACAAAGUCUGGAUGUGGAAGGGAAGCUCUACGUGGGCGGAUUGCCGACAGGAUAUACAGCCAAGAGGAUUGGAAACGUGACCCACAGCGUGGCCGGCUGCGUGCAGAAGGUCAAGCUGAACAAUGCAGAACUGAACUUGCACAAUGCAGCUGCAUCUCACGACACCGGCUCCUGCUUCAGCUCAGUGCAGGAUGGCACCUUCUUCAACGGCUCAGGAUACGCCGCUUUCAUGAAAGAGGGUUAUUACGUGGGCUCUGAUGUGACGGUGAGCUUGGAGUUUCGUUCCACGGCGCUGGACGGGGUUCUGCUGGGAGUGAGCAGCGCCAGAGUGGACGCCAUUGGACUGGAGCUCCUCAAUGGACAGGUGGUGUUCAAUGUGAAUAACGGUGCUGGACGCUUCUCGGCCGUGUCCAGGAGCAGGUCAUUGCUGUGCGACGGCCGCUGGCACACUCUGGUGGCCAAGAAGCUGAAGCACAGCCUGAGUCUGACUGUAGACGGAGUGACCGCGAGCGCAGAGAACCCACACUCUUCCUCUACCUCAGCCGAGACCAAGAACCCCAUCUACGUUGGAGGAUAUCCAGCUAACGUGAAGCAGAGCUGUCUGAGUGCCAGAACAUCUUUCCGGGGCUGCAUGAGGAACCUGCGCCUCUCCAAAGGUCAUAUUAUCGACGUCUUAGAGUUCAGCUUGGCCUUCACUCGGCCCGGUGUCUCUCCUCACUCCUGUCCCGCCGCUACAGCUGCCUGAACCACUCGACAAUGCUUUCCAUCACUCACUGUGGACUGUUUGUGUAAAAAAGUAAUUAAUUCCAAUUAUUUUAAUUAAACCAGUUUCUAAAAUUAUUUUUGUUAACAGUAAUGCAGAGAAUCUGCAUUAGAGAGAAUUUGGAGAAUCUUGGAGAUUCACUGCUCAUGUUUGUUAAUAAAAUGCAAUGAUGUGCUCAGAAAACUAA